CCCGCGCGCGCGCAUGUCUUUUAUGACCGCACGAUAUUACCGCGACUGUAUAUUACCUCUUAAAAUCAAUGUUAAACUCAAAAAUAAUCCCAGAGGUUAAUCUUUUUUAAAGAAAUUAAAAGUGAUGGAAGUGUAUGCCGUCGUAACGCUAAUACGAUCAAGUUGAUUGCGCGAAUGCCACGGUCCACAAGCUACGCAGCCGGCGCCCCCUCCACUCAUUCAAGGACCAAACGUUGAACUCAUGCGGCCAUCGGAUUUCGCGCACAUGCAAUACAAGUGGAAUGAAGAGAACAUUUGAAAUGAGCCAAUGCUGAGUUCUGCGCUCCCACGACAAUGUCAAUCAACCAGAACGCGGCGCAGUUUAGUAAACAGAAACAACUAGGUAAACAGGGCUCGGAACCGGUCAACUUUCCUCCGCGUUAUCAUCCGCCCCCGCCGGCCGCAGGUGGCCAGAAGCUAGCCACUGGCGAGGCGGCCGCCAAAGAGUUCAAACCUCCGUACGCCGGCAAAACUAUCGACCCCAAAUUACAAUAUCCGAUACCUCAGGGCGUCGUGCCCGGUUCCUAUCCUGGCGGGUCGGUCCCGUUCGUGAAAUAUCCUCACGGUUAUCCGCCAGGCUAUCCGCUACCACCUGGAGCGCUUCGAGUGUUACGACCAUCGGCGGAAGUUAUAACUAAGGCUAUCGUCCACGAACCCGUAGAGCCAGCAGCUCGCGCCCGGAGCGCGGACGACACGCAACGAACGCAGAGAAAUAUCGAAGAAGAACAAAUCCACAGACGAUCUGCCGACAUGUUGAAAUUCACUAAACGAGUAGAUGCAGAAGGACCUAGAGCUUCCACUGAUCAGAGGCGGCAGAUACAAACGCUUUUAGAUGAAAUAAAAGCAUUGAAAGAAGCCAAUCGUCGUCUCAGCGAUGAUAAUCAGGAGCUGCGUGACCUGUGCUGUUUUUUGGACGACGACCGUCAGAAAGGUAGGAAGCUAGCUCGUGAAUGGCAAAGGUUCGGACGGUACACAGCGUCAGUUAUGCGCCAAGAAGUGUCAGCUUACCAGAAUAAGCUAAGGGAGUUGGAUGAUAAGCAACAAGAGUUGAUACGUGACAAUUUGGAGUUGAAGGAGUUGUGUUUAUAUUUGGACGAGGAACGGGAGAGGAGUACUUGCGUCAGCUGCGGCAGGACGGCUGGGAGGGAAAGGGAUGAUGGCGAUGGGAGUAGCAGCGGUACUAAUGUGGAUGAGGCGCCUCGAGCCGGGCCCCAGGUCACCAUCACACACCCGCAGCUUGCCGAAAGAACCGUCCAGUACGUUCGUGAUUUAGAGCAAAAAGUUCGAAGAUUAGAAGCCGAAAAAGGUCUUGGGGGGCCGGUGAAUGAACGUCCCGAAGCUGUGGUGCGAGCAUUGCAGGUUUUAGAAGUGAGAGAACGAGUGGAAAGGGAACGUAGGAGACCAGCUCCUGACUUAGACUCGGGGGAGCAAGCGUUAGUAAGGGAGAUGUGUAACGUAGUGUGGGGCAAGCUGGAAGAGGCGCCCCCUCAGGCGCCGCCGCGUUAGAUUUGAACAAUUUUAUGUGUCUGGUAUAACGAAUCUUCGUGUUAAAUUGGUGUUUACUUACUUAUUAGUAAGAAUUCAUCGUGCCGGAAUUGUUACUAGCAAGCUCGAGUGGAUGUUGAUCGAGGUCAUCAGACGAGUUGGGCGACCUAAAGAAUCGAUUGUGCUUGACCUUGUUUAUCAAUGGAGCUCAGCUAGUAGGGAACUGAAUGAGUAUUAUGGUACUUUACAAACGAAAAUCUAUCGAACAGUUAUUUCCUCAGUAACCGAAAAGUACAAAAUAGAUACUAGUUUAACGUAAGUUUUACUUAGUGCUUGCUUACAGUCAACAAAGUUUUCAAUACAAAAUAUUGUCAUUUGGAUGACGUAAUUAAGUGAGAUAGAGUUUCGUGAAGGCAAUCGAGAUUUAUAUUUAAAAAAGAAACUAUUCAAAAGACGAAAUAAAUUGAUUAGGUACAGAAUUUAUAACUUAAACUAAUAUAUUCCUAAUUUUGAAAUUGACAUUGUGACAGAGCCAAUAGUCUCAAAAAUAUUCUAAGCCCACGAUCAGCUUACAACUGUAUGCUUGUUUAUAAGGCGUUUUCAUUUGGAAGACAUGAUCAUUCAGGACAAUUCCUUAUUCGCUUUGUUGGCUGCACACGAAUGCCUAAAUAUAAUGCUACUUAUCUCUUGUCGGUUGUAUAGAUUUUGCCUCCUUUAGAUAUAAAUACUUAUUUAUAAUGAAACGUGUAAUAUAAAAGAGAAAAAAUCAGUUAAGAUAUAAUGGUAAAAUAAAAAUGUUAUCUACGUUUUACGAGGCUAUAAAGAUAAUUGUAAAAAAUAAGUACUUACGUCUGUGAUUACUCGAAUUUCAAAAUUGUCUAAAAAAAAUUUUUUUAUGUGUAAAAAGUGAGCAGUUUACAUUUUUUUGUGUUAUUUAUGAAAAAAAGAAACUAUUAUUUUGAGAUUUUGCCGCAUAAGUCAUCUAGUCAGAUUCAACUUGCCACCGUUAGCAUACCUGUCUUGAAGAAUGCAUAAUAUAAUUUAUUUAAUUAUUUAGUAAAUUCAUCCAAUAUUAUAGACAUUACUUAAAAAGAUACAUCUUUCAAUAUUUUUUUUUUAAUAUAAGUAAAUUUUCAACGCCAGGCUAAUUGUACUUUACUACUUUACUUAGUUAAGUAGGUAAGUAUAAGUUUUGUGCGUUUCAAUCUAAAAAGAGAAUAUUUUUGUUAUAAAGUAAAUUCUGUUUCGAUUAUCGAACUAUUGAAUGGAACUAUUGCAAAGAUUUAUAUAAAGUAAGGAUGUUUUUUUUUAAAGCAAGUGUUUUUACUUUUUUACUUUACAAAAAUAUUCUUUUUAAUAACGUUUUCAUAUUAUGAUCUGCAAUGUUAUUUAAAAAUUUGUAUAUACUUUGUUCCUUGUGUGACUUUACCUAUAAGUUAAAUAGGUAUCUAUUCAAAUCAAUUUUACAUCUUAGUAUUCACAAUCGCCUUGGUCAUCUAAUGUAACACUGUUAAUACCUACCCAUGCAUAAUCUUUCAAUUCAAACUGUUAUCUACUAGGUAAGAUACCUACUUACAUUAUUUUAACUUACAUACAAAAAGGUUUUAUGUAAUACUGGACAUUUUGCUACCUAUUUAUCGUAUUACCUCAAAAUGAAAUAGUUUUACAACAUUUGAUUUGGAUUGUUUUUCAUGUAAAACAAAUCUUUUUAUA